UUAGAGUACCUAUUAUAAAAAUUACAGUAUUAAUAAAUUAAAAAUAGCAUUAAUAUUGAUUUUUUUCUAAUGCCCCGCUACAAUUUUGUCUGCCCCACCUGAAGAUUUGGCCUGGCUACGGGCCUGUGUAUAAUACCGACCGCGGCGAGCGGUACGUCACGAACGAUUCGCGUUCCACGGGCCUACUGGAACGCGACGCGCGCGCGGUUACCAUAGGGACAUCGACUCAACGGCGCCGCCGGGUCAUGCCGAAAAAUACGUGUACGGAACGUCGCGGUGCCGUUACGGUGAACGCGUCCGGGUGAGACGUACCGUCCAGGGGAGACCGUGUACAAGGCGUCGAUCUCGCGCCAAGGAGACCGUUUCCCGUGUACAGGUGCGGUAAGGGUUCGCGACAGGAUACCGUUUCGAUACAGGAUACCGCGCGCGUUUCGUCCCGGUUAGUGUGUCUGGCGGUCGAACGUUUUUUUCCUUCGUCGGUUUCGCCGGGCUCGCGCGUGCGCGUCUUACGCGAAUAUUGUACCCUUCCUGCGCGAAACCACUUAUUUAGCUGACCCUUCGACGAGAACAAAACCCUUCGCUCGACCGUCGCAGCAACCCACCGUCGCUGUCGUCCACUGAUUUUCGUGUGGCGGCGUACGUGUUUACUCCGAUUUCGACGAUCUCAGUUCCAGUCGUACUUACCUCACCUGACCCGAAAAUAAUGUUAACGCGCAAAGAAGAACUGUUUGUCAAGCCUUUCCAGCAGCGGUUAUACCAACAGCACAGAGUCAAACUCAAGUCGGCCGCCGCGCGAAUAGACACGACGCCACCGCGGGAAUGGCAACACAUCGUACUCAAGGAGAAGAAGUUCCAAAAAGAACGGGAGCGGUGCACACAGAUAUUGCUGAACAACGGCGUUUUGUGGAAACAUCUGUCUGAGAUCAUGACUACCAGACGAGUGGACAACCGUUGGGAUCGCGAGCAACCCAAGUUUUUUCAUAGAGUUAAUUUAUUUACAAAAAGUAAUAAUAAAUUGACUGUUGAUAUUGAAGAACCAGCUGAAUCCAGUAAAGCACCAAAUGAACCAAAAAAUGAAAGAUGCUGUGCAUGUAAUCCAAAUUUGUCAAUUUCUCAGCCUAACAUACCGGAGGAGAGAGUACCUUGGGAUCCACCAAAAAAAAAGCUAUCUAAAAAACUCAGAAGCUUAUCAGUCCAUAAUGAUAGUAGUAUUAAAAAUGUGAAACAUCAAGUAUUAAACAAAUCUAGACAAUGCCAGAAGAAAAUGAUAGUUUCAAAAAAACAAAACGAUAACAAGCUAAACAUCCGCAAUAACUUGAUGAUUGAAACAAACAAUUAUUUAAAUUACAUUGAAAUAAACGAAGGUACAUUGGAUCUUAUUAUUAAGUUUCCAUCUGGUAGUAAAGUGUCAAUAGCAGAUGGCAAAAUGAAGCGUGUACUUCAACCAAAUAAUUGUGAAUGUACGCGAUGUCUUUAAGUUAUAACGCAUAAAACUUUAAAUUCGUAAUAUUAUUAUAAUAGAGUAAAUAGUAUUCUAGUUAAACGUACAAUAUUGUCAUGGUAUUAUUUUGAUUUACAGUUAUUAAUAUGAUACUAUUUUACUUUGAAUAGUUUGCAUACACAAUAAACUUGCAUUAACAUUUUUGACCUAUAUUAUGUGUUUUACAUUUCAAAUAUUAAAUAAUUGUGAACUGGUAUGCAUAUUACGUAUAAAGGAAAAAAUUCUAGAUCGUAGAUUCAAUAAUGAUUUACUAAAUACAUUUAAAAAAUUAUCACGAAUAUUAUAUAGUAGAUUUACAAGUCAAAAGAGUGAAAUUGAGCUGAACUUAAUACAUAGUACAUCAGUGAAUGUUUUAAGAUUAAGUUUAUUAAUUUAUUGACUUUUUCCUAUCUUUUUGUGGUCAAAAAGCAAAAAAUAUUUAAUAUUGAUAGUAAAAAUAGCUUAUCAUAAGCAUAAUACAGCAUUUUAUUUAGAUAAACAAGACAUUUUUUGGGCAAAGAAAAUUUUUGGUAACAGAAAUAAUCGCAACUGACAAAUAAAUUAAUUUGUUUUAUCACAUUAAAAUUUCAUAAGAAGGAAAUAGUACAACUCAAUAAAUUAAUAAAC